GCCGGGAAGCCACAACGGCUCCCUUAAACCCUAAACCCCCCAAAACCGACUCUCCCUCACUAAAGCUUCAAUCUUUAAUGUCCUCUCUCUUUACCCACAUCUCUCUCCUCUCAGAUUUCCCAAUUCCUUAAAAGCCCAACACCUCUUAGCUUUCGCGUAAACCCUAAACCCCCAAUUUCUAUGCUCAAUUUCAUCCAUAGAUGGAAGAAACCCACCCUUCUUCUCCAAAACUCUCGAACCCUCUAUUCCCUCAUCUUCACUAAACCCUCCUCCGCCGCCGCCGGCCCAAUUGGCGCUACCAGUGUCGCCGAGCUCAUCACCGGCCUGAGAACAUUUGGCCUGGGUCGAAUUCGAGGUGAUCAUUACUAUAGGAGCAUUAUUUCGAGCUUGAAUCAGACCCAGGUGGAUUCAAUUGUCGAAAGGUUGAGUCUUGAGGACCCUGAAUCGGGCUUCGGGUUGUUCAGUUUGUUGAGGAAUGAGUGUGGUUUUCGGCUUUCGAGGGCUUCGAUUUUCACAGUUGCUCAUGCUUUCGGGGCGAAGAGGCGGUUCGAGGAAUUACAUUUGCUUGUGAAGCAAAUGGUGGAGGAGGAAGGUUGUGGUUCUGCAACAUCACUUUGUGAGCUGCUGUUGAGCAGAUUUAGCAAAUGGGGCUCGAGUGGUGUAGUGUGGGAUGUUUUGGCGUUUUCGUAUUCGAAAAGUGAGAUGGUGUAUGAUGCCCUGACUGUUCUUGCUAAGAUGAAAGAUCUGAAUUUGAAAAUUUCCACUUUGACGUAUAAUUGCUUGUUGUAUAAUCUAAGGCACACGGAUAUGAUGUGGAAUGUGUAUGAUGAAAUAAAGGAUAGUGGAGCUCCUGAGAGUGAGUAUACGAAUUCUAUACUUGUAGAUGGAUUGUGUGAGCAAGCCAGCAUACAAGAUGCGGUUUCGUUCCUCAUGGAAACUCAAAGGGAGGAGAGUGUGGCUUCAGUUGUUUCGUUCAAUACCAUUAUGUCAAGGUUCUGUAAAUUGGGUUUUGUGGAUAUUGCAAAGUCAUUUUUUUGUAUGAUAUUCAAGUAUGGACUACGUCCAGAUUCGUAUAGUUAUAAUAUUCUUAUACAUGGGCUGUGUGUAGCAGGUUCGUUGGAAGAGGCUUUGGAGCUUACACAAGACAUGAAAAGGCAUGGGCUAUACCCUGACACAGUGACCUACAAUACUCUUUGUAAAGGGUUUCGUCUACUUGGUUUAAUGACCGGAGCUCAGCAGGUCAUUCAGAGAAUGUUGGUUAAAGGAUUGAAUCCUGACCAUGUUACAUAUACAAUUCUAAUAUGUGGGCACUGUCAUUCUGGCAAUAUUGAGGACGCCCUUAAGCUUCGGGAAGAGAUGCGUUCAAGGGGUUUUCAAUUGAGCGUCAUCCUGUAUAGUGUAUUGCUCAGCAGUUUGUGUAAAAGUGGACGAAUAGAGGAAGCAUUAAGAUUGCAUUAUGAGAUGGAAGCUGUUGGCUUGGAACCAGAUCUUGUAACAUGUUCCAUUCUCAUUCAUGCCCUAUGCAAGCAAGGAAGUGUUCAAAGGGCUAUUCAAAUAUAUAGAAAAAUGUACUUGAAGAGAAUAAUUCCCCGUUACUCAGCACACCGCGCUAUUCUCUUAGGUCUGCGUCAGAAAGGGAAUAUAUCUGAGGCAAGGAAGUACUUUGAUACUCUAACAACAGUCACAGAGGAUAUUGUUUUGUAUAAUAUUAUGAUGGAUGGCUAUGUGAAGCUUGGUAAUGUUGCAGCAGCCUUACAGUUAUAUGAACAAACAGUUGAAGAAGGAAUAACUCCUACCGUAGUCACGUUCAAUACGCUUAUCUAUGGUCUCUGCAACAGUGGAAAACUAGUUGAGGCCCAACAGAUGUUGAAUACCAUUGAGCUGCAUGGAAUGCUACCCAGUCCAGUUACUUAUACAACUCUUAUGAAUGGUUACUGUGAACAGGGAAACAUUCAUGGAAUGCUUGAAUUGCUCCGGGAGAUGGAAGUAAAAGCUGUAGAUCCAACCCAUGUAACUUAUACUGUAAUUAUCAAAGGGCUCUGCAAAAAGAGGAAGCUGCAAGAGGCUGUUCACAUAGUUGAGAAAAUGUAUGCGAAAGACCUAAUCCCAGAUCAGAUCACAUAUAAUACCAUCAUUCAAUGUUUCUGCAAAGCUCGAGACUUGAAGACAGCUUUUCUGUUGCACAGUGAGAUGUUAAUGCAUAAUCUCAAGCCUACUCCUGCUACAUAUAAUGUUCUCAUCAAUGGUCUUUGUGUGUAUGGUGACCUGGAUGAUGCUGACAGGCUAUUGGGUUUUCUUGAAGACGACAACAUCAAUUUGACAAAAGUUGCUUAUACAACACUAAUUAAAGCACAUUGUGCAAAGGGUUAUGCACGUAGGGCAGUGGAGAUCUUCAAUCGGAUGGUGGAGAAAGGGUUUGAAAUAUCCAUGAGAGAUUAUAGUGCUGUAAUUAAUAGGUUAUGCAAAAGGUCUCUAAUAAAUGAAGCAAAAUAUUUUUUCUGUAUGAUGCUAUCUGAUGGGAUAUCUCCUGAUCGAGAGCUCUGUAAGGUGAUGCUCAAUGCUUUCCGUCAAAACGGGGAUUCAAGUUCACUACAUGAACUCCUUGCUGAGAUGAUCAAAGCUGGCUUUCUUCCUGAUUAAUCCAUGGAGGAGGUGAUAUUGCUUGGCAUUUGCCUCUCGAAAAAGUUGUUCACUGGCUUAUAAGAAAGGGGUUCAAGCCAUGAGCUUUCAGGCCACCCUCUUUCCUUCCGGACAAGGUCCUUUAAGAGAUGCAAAGAAGUGAAAUCUGAUCUGGCAUAAACUGCAGCUCCUGUUUGUGGCAUUUUCCUAAUAUGGGACUCUAAAGAUAGUUCCAGAAGCCAGCAAAGCAUUGAUAAAGAGCCUCCCUGGCAGAUGGCGUCAAAACUGGUUCAAAGAAAUCUCUCCAGAUUGUUUUAUUCCCUGAAAAUUGAGUUCUCAAACUAUUUGCUGGGAAAAAGUGCAAGUCAUGCAUGUAUCUGUCUCAUGCCUUCCAGAAAGGCCACCUCCUUGAGUUCCGCUUGAAUUGUAUUCGUCGGGACUAUAUAGCUAAGGCAGUGGGGAUUAUUCAAUGCUGAAAAAGGAGCUGUGAGGCGGGUUUCUUCUAAAAAAACCUAACACAUACGGCUUGCCUGCCUCUUGAAAUCACGGCCGAAUUCAGUAAGGUGGAUUGGUCAUCAUGCUCUCCUCGCUUCAGGAUAGCAUGGUCAUCAGCAAGAGCAUAACAGGUACUUCUUGCAGUGCAGUCUGAAAUUUAUAUUAUUUCACUCACAAGUGAUAAUUUGCUACACUUAGAUUUUUUA